GAGUGUACACAGGUAUCUUCUCCCCUCCCAAAUCCCUGGAAGCGCUAAAGAGGGAAGACGGGGGAGGUCUGAGGGGAAGGUGCCUCUUGGUUCGUUUGUAGUUCAUUAGGGUCUCUGGGCGGGGCUGAGCCAAAGCCAGCUAGGGUAUUGGCUCUAAACGCAUACAUAUAUAUCUGUCUUUUUCCCUCCUCCAUCAACCUCCUAAAUUCCAAUGAGGUCACUGCGAUGAGCAAGAACAAGACAAAAAGAGAAGGGGAGGAAGAAGAGGGUGGCGGUGAAGAGGAGGAAGAAGACACAGACAGAAAGGGGCAAUCAGACAAGGUCGACUUUUUCUGAGAGACAGCAACUGUGAGGAGCGUGGUGCUGAAUGUAAUCUGCCUGGAAGAGAGACGGAAGCGGAGAUAGAAGGACUGAGCCACUUUUCUAUUACGACAGUAACAAAGGGAGAGGAGGCAGAGAGGAAGCUGAGAGAAGGGAGCGAGCCCUCCCACUCGCCCCCCGCAGAAAACAAAACCUCCGGGCUGGGGAAAAGAAGCAAAGGAGCUCCAAGUGCUGGAAGACUCGGAACAGACAGGAGAACAAGCCGGUUACCAAGAGAGGGGGCGUGCAGGUUUCCUGCGGGGACUUUGGAUGCAGCAGCACCUUGGACAGCACCCGGGUGAGCGCGUCCCUAACAAAAAGACCUUAAGCUCCAAGCUGCCAUCCUCUUGAGAAGAGGCUACUUUUGCAGCAUCCCCACUCUGUCUUUCCUUCCCUCCACUUCAGCUUGGCUCCAGCCCCGGAGCAGAAGGAAAGCCUUUGUCCUUCGGCACUUUGAACGUGCCAGGAGGUGCCCCGGGUGCUUUGGCCCGGUCCGGAGAAGCUCGUCUCUGUCUCUGGGAACUGCCUAUCUUCCGGAAAAUGCUAAACUGGUGAAGAAAGGGGGAAAAAGUUUUGGGGGGUGUACUAGGGGGAGAGAGAGGAGCGCACGGGGAAAGCCGAAGACCAAAGGUGGAUGGUCUGUUUCCCGGGCUGAUCUGGAAGGAAUGAUGACCGAGGAAGGAUGUGCACCAGCGGCCAGAUCAUUGGAAGCCUGCUGGUGCUCUCUGUGCUGGAGAUAGGGCUGGGGGCGUCCAGCGUGGCCGUUGGGGCAGUGAGCUUCAGCCUGGCCCUCAGAGAGCACCAGCCGCAGCUUGGAGACUCCUCUCCGGUAUGGAGCGGGCUGUGUUUUCUGCUUUGCGGUAUCUGUGGAAUUCUGUGUGCCAAAAAAAAGUCCGGACUUGUCAUGAUCCUUUUUUCAGCCUGCUGCAUCUGUGGGCUAAUUGGUGGCAUCCUGAAUUUCCAGUUCCUCCGAGCAGUCACCAAGAAGACAUCCUCGCUCUACCCACUGCGCCUGGCCUCCAUGUCUCUGGCCUGCAUUGGGAUUGGGGGCUGUACCCUUUCCUCUUGGCUUACUUGCCGCCUGGCCAGCUACGAACAAAGACGCAUGUUUUCUGAACGAGAACACUCCUUGCAUCAUUCCCACGAAAUGGCAGAAAAAGAAAUGACAGACACUAUGAGCAAUGGAGGACCACAACUAAUAUUUAAUGGAAGAGUAUAACACAUUAAAAAAAAUUGAAACUUUUUUUUUUCUUCCGAAUUUCAAUCAGAAAAGGAUAUACCAAAGGAUUCAUCCAACAUGGCAACAUUGGUGGCUUUUACUGCCAGGUUUCUGAUGUUGUGGGACUUCCUGGAACAAUUCUUUCUUGGAUUUUCACUAACAUUUUCCUCCCUGGAUUUGGCCACAUGUAGCUCUCCAUUAAUUUCUGUUGGGCUAAGAACUUUCCAAGAGUGUCCUCAGAAAGGCUUUCUGAUCAGCUUUUCAGACCACUUUCAUGAAGAUUUUUCAGAAGAGAGAAUAAAUGUAAUAAAAAUUGGUUUCCAAUAUGGCCUAAGUCACACUUUGACUAACAUGUGAAAAAUACAGGGGAGAAAGGAAGGUGGCCUACGAUUAGUCUCAAUGUGCAAACUAUAAAGAAUGUCCAUCACUUGAGGCUAUACUGAAAAAUGGACAGCUGCAAGAACACCAGGAUUCAACAUCUCAGCCAUGCCUUGAUGUAAAAAAAACAAAACAACAACAAAAAAAACUGUAAAUAUUUUCAAUUUGUGGAUUCAGCAUAUUUCAUAAUUUAUUCAUAAAAUAAGAUAAAUAAAAUGAACCCCAAAUUAGAGGUAAAAAGUGAUUUUCUUUUCUUUUCAGAAAGAAUAUUAGUCAGUAUGAUAGUUUUACAUUAUUUGCAAAGUGAUUGGAGAGAUUGUCAAAAGAUGAGAAUUUUCUAAACCUUUGUUCUCUUUUAUCAGAGUGUGCAGAAGAAUCUAUAGAUCCAUAGACAGUGACUCGGGCUACAGAGAAGUGUGUGUACAUAUAUACUGUAAAUAUAGAAAAAUAUAUAGCAUAUAUUUAUAACAUACAUGUAUGUAAAUAGAAUGGGGGAAAUUGGGGAGAUUUGAGCUACAGAUAAGACCUUAUCCCCACACAUUUGUGGGGAUUUCUUCCUAUACCUUUUUUCAGAGACCACACAUCAUUGAAUUAAUUUUGUGUGUGUCUUUUUUUUUCUUCUUGGAUCCAUCUGGUGGAUGUAAAUAUUGCUAUAUUUGGUGUUGGGUGGUGAGGAGGGAAUUUUUGAACAAGAUGGUAAAGGAAAAAGAGAAAUCUUGGAUAAAUUAAACCUUAUGAGUAUGGUUUGUGCAACACAGGUUUUUCUAUCAUGUUGUCUAUUUCAUAUGAAUAUAACCCAUAUUUAAAUUGGGCACUUUUGUGUUUACUUAUAUAGUGUUUACUUUUUCAUGGCUUAAAUCAUUAUAAAUCCUUUCCAGUAAAACUUAGACUGCUAGAUCACAGGUGAUCUAGAACUCAAAUAAUAAAAUUCAAAGUGGCUUUGGGUUUCUGUCUUAAAAAAAAAAAUUCCCAUAAAGCAACCAAGUGUUGAUACUUAACCAAAAAUUA